AUGGCGAGGGAGACAGAACUGCUCAGAAGAAAGAGAGGAUAUAACGUGGGCGCCAAGUUUUCCGUGGGAAAUAAACAAUGCGAAUCCCGCCGUACACGUGUUACAAGAAGCGGUUUCAUAACCUUUGUCGGGAGCAAAACCUUGAAGCGGUGGUUGUCGUGUAGUCCAGAGAGUGUUAAAAAGAAAAGAAGAAACGUGGUAAUGAUGAGGAGAGGGGGGCAUUGGGAGUUUGGAGAAAUGGAUGAAAUGAGAAAAGGCAAGUCAACGAAAAUAUACGAUCCUCACACUGCAGCAUUAACUGUAGUAGAUUAUGAUCCUAUGUACGCUUAA